CCCGCGACGAGACACGGAAGCAGUUCUUCAUGAGCACAAGUGAGGGCUCACUUUUAACCGACAUUAAGGCUCAAAAGUUGUCUUCAUGGCAACAGAGGUUGUGGAAAAGACGGGCGAGGAUGCUCCUGCUGCUGGGAAGCUGAGUACCAGGUUUGACCUGGAGAAGGAGACCGAGCUCCGGUUUGAGGUGGAAGCAGCUGAAGCAGCAGAGCAAGUUGAACUCGAACUUCUCACAGGAAUGGCUGAGGUGUUUGGCUCCGAAUUGAACCGAAACAAGAAGUAUACUUUCGGACCAGGCUCAAAGAUUGCAGUUUUCACUUGGCAAGGCUGCAGCGUGAAUCUUUAUGGGAAACCAGAGGUUGCUUAUGUGUCAAAGGACACUCCUAUGCUGCUCUAUCUGAACACACAUGCUGCUCUGGAACAGAUGAGAAAACAAGCGGAACGGGACAAUGAGAGGGGGCCUAGGGUGAUGGUGGUGGGGCCAACAGAUGUUGGGAAGUCAACAGUGUGCCGUUUGCUCCUCAGCUAUGCUGUGAGAGUUGGCAGGAGACCAACACUUGUGGAACUUGAUGUUGGACAAAGUGGGGUGUCUGUACCUGGCACUGUGUCAGCACUGUGUAUUGAGCGCCCAGCAGAUGUGGAGGAAGGUUUCUCAGUUCAGGCUCCUUUGGUCUAUCACUUUGGCUCUACCACUCCGGGCACCAAUAUCAAACUUUACAACAAGCUGACGUCGUGUCUGGCUGAGGUGUUUUCCCAGCGCUGUGAAGUAAACAGAAAGGCCAGUGUGGGAGGCUGCAUCAUCAACACCUGCGGCUGGGUCAAAGGCUCUGGUUACCAGGCUCUUGUCCACUGUGCUUCCACCUUUCAGGUGGAUGUGGUGCUCGUGUUGGACCACGAGAGACUGUAUAACGAAUUAAAACGAGACCUUCCUCACUUUGUACGGGUCGUGCUUCUCCCCAAGUCUGGUGGAGUAGUGGAACGCUCAAAGGACUGCCGGCGAGAGGCUCGGGAGGAGAAGAUCCGCGAGUAUUUCUAUGGCUUCCGUGGAGUGUCUUUCUACCCUUUUUCUUUUGAAGUGCGUUUCUCAGAUGUCCGCAUCUACAAGAUCGGGGCACCGUCAAUCCCAGACUCCUGCUUACCCCUGGGAAUGUCUCAAGACGACACACAGCUGAAACUGGUGCCAGUGACACCAGGGAGAGAUCUCACAUACCAUGUUCUGAGUGUGAGCAGUGCUGAGGAUGGAGAGGAAGGUGUGAGAAAAGGAAUAGUGGAGAGCCCAGUUUGUGGCUUCAUUGUGGUAACUUACGUAGACACCCAGGCACAGGUCAUGAAGGUAUUGUCUCCGGCACCAAGACCACUGCAGAGACAUACUCUGCUGAUCAUGGACAUCCGCUUCAUGGAUAUGAAAUGAAGCAACACCUCCGGGAAGUGGAACUUCUGUAAGCAAAGAGUAUUGCUAGACAUUUUUUUCCCCAGUGAAUAUAUUAUCAAAUUGUUGAAAUUGGUAGCGACUAUUCAUUUCACUGGAUUGCAUUGACCAUAGGCUCUAUGCACAACUCAACCACUUCCUGAACUUCAGGAGGCUCCUUCUUUGCUGUCUUUCAUGAUAGGACGAGCUGAUUAAUACAGGUGUGUCUGAAGUUGUUACAGAGGUCAGACACACCUGCAUUAAUCAGCUCGUCCUAUCAUGAAAGACAGGAAACAAGGAGCCUCCAGAAGUUCAGGAAGUGGUGAAGUUGUGCAUAGAGUCCAUUGGUUUCUGUAGAAAGGGUUGUUUUAUAUGUCCUCAAUAACUUUUUUUUUAAACUGUUCCAGGAAUACCUAAUCCAUUUUUUAUUAAUAAAAUUUUUAAUGUGCGAAAAUGUCUGUGUGCUUUAUCUUAUCACUCUUAUGAAACAGACUGCUAAUUUAAAAAAAAAACAGGCAUGUCUUAAUUAUAACCAAAUUUUUCACCGAGGUUCCACUCCUAAAGAAAUCAAACUGGACUGAACUCCUUCAGAGACUUUUGAAUGUGUCUAAAAGUUGUUUGACAUGUUUUUCUUUGUAUUGUGUCCUUCCUGCAGAGUUCAUUUGUUGUAUCUAUUUUGUAACACAAAGUGCACUGACCUGUAGGCCAUAUCCUAACCAGUAUGGCAGGAACUGUUUAUGAGCACUACAACAGGAGCUCAUCAGAUAUUUAUGUUGUAAACAGCCGGCACCUCAUAGUGGAGUGCACUGAGUGUUCUUUACACCCACCUGUGCUUUAACAUUUUCUGUUCAGUUCUGAAUACGUCUCCCAGGCUGACAGCAUUACAUAAUGAUGGGCACAUAUUUUGGCCACGAUACUAACACAAUACUGUGUUAAAUGAGUGAAUGUGUCUCUCUCACAGAUGGUCAUAAAUAUGCUAACAAUUCAGUAAAGUUGGUCAGGUACAGAUUGCAUUUGAAUGCAAUUGUUUAUUGUUUGUUUUUUCUGAACAUCUAGUUUGAAAGAUGAUUUAGUUAUUUGAUAUUCUUAACAUAUUUUCUUGACUCGUGUUUUCUGUACUUGUAGACAAACAUUUUGAUUUAAUCGAUAGGAUCUGGCUGUUUUCUAGAUCAGAAUCAGAUUCUGAUUAUGCUCAAUACAAUAAACAGAAUAAUCCAUAAACGGUGUUGGCAACCAUUGCCUUUUCGAAGCAGUGGAUUGUUUUCUUUUGAAGUCUCUCAAAUGCUUGACAUAGUUUUCCUCAACCAAUAAACCACUCUAAAAACGAGAAAAAUAGCUUUGCGAAUUUCACACAGGACAGAAAUAGUUUUUUUACUCCCAGAUAAACAAACAAACAAAUACAAAUUGUUUGUAUUGUUAAUCCCACAGAAACGAAUGUAAUAAAUAUAUAACAAAAGUGAACAGUCCAAGUUGUUACAAUAGCUAGUAGUAUUGAUAUUUUGAACAUGAAGAAAACCAAAAUUAAGCAUUUGGCCAAUUUCUGUGUGAUGUUAUGUGACAGGUGUACAAAAAAACAAUAACACAAUAAUAACAUACUACAUUUCUUAGAAUUAUUUUACCGUUUGUCAUGCCUCAAAUUGAAGAUGCAUAGGAUGGUGCUCUCACCUCAUUGCCAGAAUGCUAUGAGUUCAAAUACCAGUUGGAUCUAAAUGGCAUCGAUGCAUGUCUUACAUUAACUUGACUUUUUAGUUUAAUUCAGUAAAUCAACAUCUACUUUUAAUUUUCUCUCUUUUUUAUUUUGAUAUUAUUUUUGAUUGACUUUUAUGUCUGCAUUUUCAUUCAGCCCCUCAAAUAAUCCGUUGCUAUUUUGUUUAAUUAAACUCAAUUGAUCAAAUGUUU